GAAAACUUUUGCUGCAACAGCCAUCCGGGAAAGUUGUGGCGCCUCACCAUGGCUCAGAUCCAGCAAUUUUCGUCGAAUGAGUCGCAUGGUUGAAGCGCUGGCUGAGAAGGAAUCUGUUCAGAGAGCACAUGUUCAGCCUACAUUCGAAGCUUUAGGUCUCCAUUCACACUUGGUGAAGGCUAUCCGCGCGGCGUUUCCAAAAGUGGAGUUUCCAACCGCAACGCAGAUCCAACUUAUUCCUGCUAUUCAUAACAAGAAGGAUAUCAUUCUGCAGGAUGAAACUGGAUCGGGAAAAACUUUUGGUCUCGUACUUGCUUCUCUGAACAAGCCGAGACUGACGUAUAGCGAUUACGAUGUUCCUUCAAUCACCACCAUCUUUCUGGUACCGCACCGAGAUCUCGCCUUCCAAAUACGCCAUUGGAUCCAAAAGAUCACAGAGUGCUCUAGUACCACACCGCCGCGUCUGGAUCAAGUAGCACAGGUCCUUGUACGCGACGGACAGAUGCACUUGCAGUCUGGACUGGAACAGCUUCUGAAGACCCCACCCCACGUUCUUAUUGCGACUCCUGCCAGCCUUCUCGAAGUCCUACAAAAGCAGGAUGAUAUCAUCGACUUCAGUCGAGUGUCUGCAGUCGUUGUGGAUGAGGUGGAUGAUCUCAUUGAAACGAUCCCAGACACAAAGACCGCAUUAGUUGAAAAGAUUCGGAAGAGGAUUGCCAGACAUCCGGGGCCGACGAGACAGCUGUUGGAUAUCAUCUACAGUAAACGGAAAAGGUUUACUGCGAAGAAUCGAGAAGAGUUUGUGGACGAACCGUAUCAAACUCCACAGCUUAUACUCUCCAGUGCAACUAUACGACGUCAUCUGAAAGAGUACUUUUUCGGGGAAAGUGGGAUCGUUAAAGGAGAUGUCGUGAAGGUUCGUGGUACCGUCCUCCCUUUACAUGUGAAGGAAAUGUUGGCUACCUCAGUAUUGCAUACCGACAUCUCUCAUCAUGUUCUCGUUGUUUCUGAUAAAACCAUCGAGAAUCUUGCCGGUGCGGCGGAGGCGCCUGAUAGAGAGGAUGUUCUGAAGCCUUCUCCUGACGAAGAGCCUGCGCCGACCCCGGUCAAAACGGAGGCGGAACUUGAAAGGGAACUAGGAUUCUCAAUGACUCCCUCACCUUUCAAUCAGAACUCAUUGGAAGCUGUGGCAGCUGCGUUUGCACUGUAUGUACCCUCAGUUGCGCUCCUAGUCAUCCCGGGGGCUACUUCGAUCUACCGUGCUGUUUACGAUCUUCGUGCUCUCGGCGUCAACGCCUACAACGUGGACAUGCUCGCGGAGCACAAAGGUCGAUUGCAUCUUUUGAGUGGGGAUGCUACAAGGUUCAAGUCGAACCCAACACUUUUUGUAGCCUCUGUCGCGGCCAUCAGAGGUCUAGACCUACCUGAACUGCAACACGUCUUCAUCCUGGGUACUCUGGGCCUCGAAGGGACAGACAUAACCAGUCGGACACUGGAUACAUACAUACACGUGGCAGGACGGGUUGGACGGUUUGGCAAAAAAGGGAGGGUCAUAUCAAUUAUAGAUGGGGAACAGAACGACCAACAGGAGGUGAAGCGAAUGGACAAGAUAUUGAAGAGACUUGGAAUACAGCCAAUGAAGCUAAAAGAAUUUUCGUAACGUUGGAGGCGUAGCGGUCACAGUUCACCGUUUCAGAACCGUUUCAGAAAAGUGCGUGGCCGACGGCGAAUUACCUUAGUUGAAUGGCGUUUCGUUUCAAAACGGACAUAGACUGAAACGGUGGUUUGAACCGCACUCAGACUGUGAUACUGGUCUGGUAAUAUUACGUCUUUAUUGUAGAACGGAAAGGUUGAAGGACUUCAUAUACGAAAACGAAUUAAGAGCACGGGACCCAAUUCGGGGAAGCUAAUUUUGUGGG